AAUACACAGUGUGUAUGAUUGGUUCUCGCUAUCAUGACGUCAAAUUAAACCAGGUGUAAAAUACAUUGAAGUAAACAAACGUUUCAUAAAAUAUCAAGAUAAACUAUAUGUUGGAUAUUAUUGCUUGAAACAAAACAACGAAACUGAUACAACGUACGUGUCCAUAGCAUGUGAUACAAUCAUGGAAUUUCACAUAGUGGCGAAACUAAGUCCAGAUGGACAGAUUCAGAGCUUGCAGUCUAGCUGUACACAGUCCCCUCAAAGAAGUAGUCCCGUGUGGCCAUUUUUAUCCACCGAACAGCUUGAUGAUUUAAAGGUCCAGUCAGACAAUGCUCAGUCGGAGAAAUUGGUACCUUACGUUGAAAAGAAAGAACUUGUCUGUAAGUUGGAUGCAAAAGUGGAUGAAAUGGCUGUUAUAAUAACACAGAUGGCUGAGCUGAGUAAAAGAGUGAAGGUGCAAGAGAAAUUAAUUGCUCAGUAUGAGGAAACCCUUUUGACUAGUAAGAAGACGAUUAAAGCACUGGAAAAAGAAAAUGCGGAACUAAAGUAUGACCAACAAUGGAGAGCUAGAUCAAUAGUGGCAUCUUCUAAGUCAUCAGCUUUGAACUGUAGGAUAAUUAACUGUCAAGAAAAGUCAGGUAGAUCUUUGUCCUGGCCCAGAGAUAGUCGUUCGUCUGUACGAAAUCCUCAUUAUCCUACAACGAUAACUGACAAGAGACAAAAUUAUGGAGAAAAUGGAAAGUUUGACGAUAUUGAUUGCGGAUGUGCAGCUUUACAGCAUGAUGAAAACAAUGACGAUGCACCUGAUCAAUUACGCAGAACAACAAGACCUUCCACACUGCGUUUAGGAUUUGAUAUAUUUAGCAAUUCGUCGGGUACGGAUGUAGAUUUUGAAGGUCGCUUCAAUUUUCACCGUCGAGAGACGGUAACCCGCGAUGGAUAUUCAUACGUGAAAAAGCAGGAACCACUUGAUCUUCAGUCAUACGAUAUGCGUGUAGAAACAGAAAAUUCUGUUGAAAACCGAGAAGCGGAAAAGACGGAUGCAUCUGUGAAAGUGGAACGGAACCAAAUGUGUUCGGUUGGACACUUAGAUAAGGAUGGUUAUUUGGAUAUGAACCAUUCACAGGAUAUAUUCCAUAAGGAUGAUACCUUUUACAGCUUUGGUAAAGAAAUAAAUGAAAAUGAAACUAAACAAACGGAAGGUGACUGCAAAGCUUGUAUUGAAAACGAGGCAAUCCAUUCAUCUUGGAUUGAUAUCAAAAAUGGAAACUUUAUUACAAAGCAGGACGAUGUCGACGGCUUGGCCUCAGAUGGAUAUUUGGAACCUAAGGGCUUCCACCAUGAUUACGUUUCAAUUCCCGAAGACAAGAUUGCAGAGUAUGCUGAACGGCCUCCGGUACCUAAUCCUCGAUCAUCCCGAGCCGACAGUCAAGGUUCAGAAAACUCUGACACACUCGAUCGAAAAGGAUCUUUGGCUCUAACAUCACCCACAACCUCAACUGACGAAAUGACACUUCCUAUGCAGCGUGACCGAAGUACGUCACUUCCGAAUACUGCUGAAUCACUUCUUUCAAUAAAAAGUCCCAGAAAAGAUGAGAAACGGUCGAAGAUGAUAAAAUCUCGAUCUUCCCAUUCAUUUGACUUACCUUCGAAAGGUACACACGACGAUAAAAGAAGAUCACAAGUUACUGACAUAAGAAAAGAUGACAACUUAAACAAAGUGUUUAAAGACAUGAGGACUACGAUGGAAUGGAAUAAAGCGAAAAAAAAGCUUAUCUCAAAAUCACACGAUAAUACUGUAGAAUUAGUAGAAGUGAGACUGAGAUCCACAGUGCAGCAUGUGUAUGAAACCUACAACAGAUUACAGAGCGAACAAGGGGCACGUAUGAAGAAGUAUACAAAGGAAAGAGUUUUGGAGAAAAUAAAACAAAAGAUGGGGACUUCCUAUUCCGACAAUGUGCUGUCUGAAGAGUUUCUGAAGAAAUGUUUAGACCUAGUACAGAGUACGGCACACCAUGUUAAAACACCCUGAGGAAUGCCAGGAUAUCUAGAGCUUGGCAUUAAGCAAUAUUUGUAAGGAAGAGGAGUUGGGAGAAGAUAGUUUUCAUGUCUGCUUGAGUAUUCGUGCGUUCCUAGGAAGAGUGCUCACGGCAGACCUCAAAAAGUUUCGCAUGACGCCAGCCUUGUUUUAAAGCUGAGUGUACAUAAUGAACAACUGUUUGAGGCAGAUCAAAAUUUCAUACGCGACAAACACUAUAUAAAAACUAGUUUUCAGUGCAACAUAGAACCUUCCGCUGCAAUUGUGUAAAUGCGUUUACUAGUAUAUCAUAAAUUAUUAAAAUUUAAUAAAGGCAUUUAUAUUUAACAGUACACAGAUGCGAAAACAAUGAUAUUGCACAAUUGCUAAAACUAUGCUACUUUUAUAAACUGUGCAAUACUUAUGUUAUUAGCUUUACAGAACAUUGCGCGACUUUAAGAGCGCAGUAUUAUUCCGUUAAAGAACGAGUGUAAAUGCAAAGCUAAUUAGUAUUUUUAUGCUCCCAAUUUGGGAGGCGUAUGGUAGUCGGACCGUCCGUCUGUCCGAGCCUACAUUUGCUUACUUAGAUGGCUAUAGGGACAAUAGGUAACUGUACUUUUUCUUUGAUGUCAUUCAUUCCGUUUAGCUGUUAUGUGGCUAUGUUUCUUUUGCGUGGCUAAAAGAACGAUAGGGAAAACAAAAUAGUAGCCGUAUAAGUACCCAUUUGUAGGAACGUCCGUCCGUCUGUCCGUCUACGAUAAAUAACUGAAGAACGCUUAGGUAUACAGGCGUCAAACUUUAUAGGAUGAUUGCCUGCGUUAAUUACAGAACCCCUACUGUUUAUUUGGUCAGUAGGUCCAAAGGGGCCACAGUGACCUUGAGAAUGAAGACGGUUUCCGAUCGAUAAAAAUAAAGAAUGUGUUGGUCUACAGGCGUCAAAAUUCAAACGAUGAUUGCCUGUGGUUAGUAAAUCACAACUAUUGUUUAAGGAGUCAGUAGGUCAAAGGUCAAGGUCGCAGUGAACAUAGGACUGAAAACGAUUUCCGAACGAUAACUGAAGAACGUUUUGACCUACAGGCGUCAAACUUUAUGGGUUGAUUGCCUGUGGUCAGUAGCUGACACUUAUUGCUUUUGGGGUCAGUAGGUCAAAGGUCAGAGGGACAAGGCUGAAUCAGCAGUUGUGAUCGUUUUGGUUGGGCAAAAUUGACGAGACGAACAUGCAGUCCAAAUUUCAUAAAUAUCUUUCAAAGAACUUACUACAUGUAAGAUGUGGGCUGGAGAAGAAACAUUUGACCUUUAGUUAUGACAUUUAACUCGAGCAAGUGUAACUGAAACACGAACUGAUGGGCGAAACAUUUAAUCUGAGGGGAUUCUCUGCCGAUAUUUUUGUCUAACUCAAUUCAUUGUCUUGUUAUGUUAAGUGUUAUGUAAAGUCACAGCGCCAAUGUCUAAAUGAGAAAAAAUUGAAAAUGUGUAACAUUACCUUGAAAUUAUGAAAGCUUAACUGGACAUUGCAUAAUUUUAUCUCGACAUUGUCUUACCCGUUACUGGAAAGUGUGUAAUCUUACUUGGAAGUUGUGGAAGCUUGACUGGAAUUUGGACUAGAGGGACAAACUGGCAGGACUACUUGUACGAACAGAGUGACCAACGCGUGUGACAUUCAGGUAACAUUUUUGAUUACUUGACUGAUUUUAAUAAUAUGAAACGCGUCGAAAACAGGAAAACGAGUGCCUUCCUGAAAUAAAGCGUCUGUCAGACCUUCUUAAUACUUUUCUCAAACACUUCGCCCCAACAUUUUUUACAGACCAAAUGUGUAGGUAACGUUCAUAUUGACAUCUGACAGAAGUAUUUGAGAAAGUAUUGAGAAUGUGUGGCAGAUGCUUUCGUUUUCCUGUAAUCAACAUUUUUUAUCUUAUUAAAACCUUUCAAGUAAUAAAACAGAAAUGCAAAAAUAUUACCUGAAUCGAGUUAUUUUAUCCGUGCUUACGAUACCGAAAAGUCACGUUGGUUGGCCGCCCUGAUUACAGGAGAACAGUAAAAUGUGCUGGUGGCAAAUGCAGGACAUGAUAUACAUUGUUAUUAUUGUUUAUUCUCUUACAACUAUAAUAAGUAAAACACAAUCACUUAAUAACUACAUUACAAUACAACAACAACGGUAUAAGACUACAUUUGAAAUCAUACAUAUUUUGCAUGUUUUUGUUUUAACCUCAUAUAUACGUAAAUUCAAACAUAUGAAUAAUAAAUGGUGAUACACCUA